AUGUAUACGCCCCAUUUGAUAUUCAUUCUACUUGUGUUGCCAUUUCCAUGGAGCUGUGCCUGGAACAUCAAAUACAUUAGCACACUACUAAAUGGUUUUAACAGAUUGGCUACGUUCCAGGAUUUGGUGUGGUUCGUUAGCCAGCAGCUGGACAACGAGCAGAAGGACGACAUGGAAAAAUUUAUGCGCUUGCAACACGAUACGUUUUUCGUCACACAAAUUGUGGUUGCUAACAACACGGCUAUGCGAAUGAGUCACUCGGCAGUCAGACGCAACCAGAUGACCGUGGUCUUUACCACGGGUCUCCACGAUCCCAUUAUGACGGUGACCAAUAAGGUGAUGCUUGGCAAGCAUUUUUACCUCGCGGUGUUCAUAAUAAUGAAGAAGGUGGAGAACAUGGAGGAUGUGUACGAGAUAUGUCAGUUUCUCAGCGACAAUCAGUAUGAGAACUCUCUAUUAUAUUUCGAAUCGAUUGAUGGCAUAAAUCAGAUCUACGGCGCGGUUCAAUAUCCAACAUUCCAAAUAGAGAAUCGCACGGAUCUGCAAGCGUAUAUGAAGAGGAAGCUUAGCCAGUGGGCAAACGCCGUUCAAGAUGUGGGCGGUUAUCGCUUUGCCACGCCCAUGAGAGAGGAUGCUCCACAUUUGUUUAGUGUGGAAGAUCGCUACGAGGGCAGCACCUAUCGAAUCAUAAACACCUUCGUGCACCACCUUAAUGGGAGCUUCUUGGAGAUGGAACUUCCACUAGAUGCGCUUGGAGGCCGCGCAGUUAAUAUGAAGCAAACUCUGCAGCUCGUCAGAGACCAAAAGGUGCAGUUCGUUGCCCAUGCUUACGCCUUGUUUUCGCCGGACGACGACGUGGACAAGAGCUAUCCACUGCUGGUGGUGCCUUGGUGCUUGAUGGUGCCGCUCUACAACAGCGUCUCAACCUACUUCUAUGCGCUGCAGCCCUUCGACACGACCGUUUGGUUCUUUGUGCUGGGCUGCUUCCUGCUGCUCAGUUUGCUGGAGCUGCUUUGGCUACGACUAGGAUUCAGGGCGGCCCACGGAGCAGCUGGAGUUACUACGGCGCUCCUGAACUCCUUCUGCUACAUCAUCAACAUAGCCACAGGCAGGCAGCUCCUGCAGCCGUCGCUCUUACGCUUUCUGCUGCUGUUGGCUGUGUUCUUUCAUGGCUUCUUCCUAUCAGCUAAUUACACCUCUACGCUAGGCAGCAUUUUGACUGUGAAUCUGUUUCACGCCCAGCUGAAUACAAUGGACGAUCUGCUGCGCGCCCAGCUGCCUGUCAUGAUCAUUGACUAUGAAAUGGAGUUUCUGCUGCAGCUGCACAAGGAGCUGCCCGACGCGUUUAUUCAGCUGCUGCGCCCCGUGGACAGUGGCAUCUUUGCCCAGCAUCAGUUGAGCUUCAACAGCUCGUAUGCCUACUUUGUGACCGAGGAUAGCUGGCAGUUUCUGGAUGAGCAGCAGCGCCAUCUCAAGCAGCGCCAAUUCAAGUUUAGCGACAUUUGCUUUGGCUCCUUCCACUUGGCCUAUCCCAUUCAGCGCGAUUGCUCGCUCUGGCGCGACAUAGAGUACUUUACGUUCCGUGUUCACUCCUCUGGCUUGCUAUACUACUACGCUCGGCUCAGCUUUGAGUCGGCACUGCAUGCGGGCAUUGUGCAUCGACUCCAGGAGCAGAACGUCUACACAUCCGCGGGCCUGCAACACUUGGCCAUAGCGUUCAUUAUGCUGUUGGUCAUGUCAGCCUUAGCACUUAUCGUUUUUCUAAUCGAGCUCUUGACGAAAUUCAAGCAUUAA